AUGCAUCGGACAGUGAUCGCCAUGUUCGCACUUCUGGCCGUGGUGGCUUGUGUUACGGCGGAAGCUCCGGCGCUCCGUUUCCGGCCACGGUUCGUGGCGCAGCGAUCCAACGCACGGUUUGCCCGGCUGGAGGAAGCACCGGCAGCAUCACCGCCGGCGGAGGAACCUAGCUCCGGAGAGAGUCCAUCCACCGGCUAUCAGUACCCGAAACCGACGUCUUCCGGUUAUCAGUACCCGAAACCGGACCAAGCUUUCCCCCUGCCCGGCGAGGACGGCCCGACGGAAGUGGCCCCCGAAACGACAACCGCAGGCACCGAAGCGACUGCGACCACCAGCGCGGCUCCCGAGGAUUACGAGGACUCCACGGGCGCAGCGGAAGACUCGACCAACGGUGCCAAUCCUACCGGAGCGCCAACGGAUGUGCCCGCCAAGGACGCGCAACGUAAGCGCCUCCAGCAGCAGGUGAACCGUCAACCGAUUCGACUUACGCUCGCCCAGGCUCGGCUGGAGGAGACGGAGGCGGAUCGCGAACCGACGGUUGUCAACCGUCAACAACCCGUCCGGCCCGUCUAUCUCAUCAAUCUUCCCGAGUCCGCGCUGCAGCAGCUAAUCCUGCUCAGCAACCCGCAGCCCACGCUCCAGCUGGCACCGACCACCGUGCUGCUGUCCGAGCUGGACUACGUCUACACAAAGAAGUGA